AUGGCUGGAAUGAUGAAUUGUGGGAGAUUUAUGCGGCAUUCAAUUGUAUUGGUUUUAGUGCUGCUAUUCAAGGCACAAUAUCAUAACCCCUCUUCUUCUUCUUCUGCUUCUUCUUGUUCUUCUUCGCACUCUCGUUCUGUUCCUCUGGACUCGUUUUCCAAUUACCCUGUCUCGUUAUCUGUCAAGAUCAAUGGUGGUGUUGGUGAAGAUGAUGACGACGAUGAUGAUGAAUUUGGUUCACUUCAGUAUGAUUACUACCGAAAUUCGUGCCCCAAAGCAGAACGAAUUGUUCGCUCCACCAUGCAACAUAUUCACCGCACCAAACCCUAUUUGAUUCCAGCUAUCAUUCGCCUUGUUUUCCAUGAUUGUUUCAUUCAGGGAUGUGAUGCUUCGGUUUUGUUAGAUGAUGAUGAUUACAUUGAUUCAGAGAAAGAAGCACCUCCCAAUGGAAGCCUCAAAGGUUUUGAUGUAAUUGAAACCAUCAAAUCCAAGCUUGAAGAAGCUUGCCCUAGAAUUGUUUCUUGUGCCGAUAUUCUUGUACUAGCUGCUAGAGACUCUGUGGCUCUGGCUGGUGGCCCCUUCUAUCCAUUAUAUACCGGCCGGAGAGAUGGUUCGAACUCUUAUGCUGACAUUGCAACGUAUGAGCUUCCUUCGCCCUAUUCUGAUUUAUCACACACCCUUAAUUCCUUCAAAGCAAAGGGAUUUGAUGAGAGGGAGAUGGUCACUCUCCUAGGUGCCCACAGCAUUGGCGAAAUCCACUGCGAAUUCUUCAAAAACCGCCUCUAUAACUUCAGCGGAACCAAUGAACCUGAUCCUUCUAUAGAAGUUGAAUUUCUGAACCUAUUGAAAUCAAAAUGCAGUGCAUCAUCUCCCUCAUCUACAUCAGGAUAUACUUCCCACCGCACCCUUUCAUCGACAGCUUUUGACUCAACUUUUUCCAAUGGCUCCCCUUCUUCCUCAGUAGAAGAGCCAGGAAUUACUAUGGACUUGGAACAACCUCAAUCAGAUUUUGGAAUUACCUACUACCGCAACCUAUUGCAAGGUAGAGGAAUCUUGUAUGCUGAUCAGCAACUACUGGAAGGUGAAGUAACUCGUUAUUGGAUCAAGGAAUAUGCUCUAGAUUCUACUUUGUUCCAUAAACAUUUCGCCCUCGCAAUGAUGAAACUCUCAGAUCUCCAUAUAUUGACACCGCCUAUGGGUAACAUUCGGCUCAAUUGUUCAAAGGUUGCAUGA